AUGUUUCACCAGCAGGACCAUCUGAAGAGCCAUCUGCCAGACAGCCACACAGCCAGCAGGCAGCUCUUCCAUUGCCAGGAGUGUGGGAAGCAGUACAACACCCAGCUGGGCUACAGACGACACCUGGUGGCAGCCCACAGUGCUUCAGCAGGCCUGCCCGGUCCAGAGGGGCCCCCCUCGCUGCUGGAGCACCUGGGCAGCCAUAUUGACAGACCUCCACCAUCAGAGGGCAACAAUAACACUGCUGUGCCUGUGAGAGAGAGGAAGUACUCAUGUGAGCGAUGCGACCGCCGUUUUUACACUCGUAAGGAUGUUCGGCGUCACGCUGUGGUGCAUACCGGGCGCCGGGACUUCCUGUGCCCGCGAUGUGCACAGCGCUUUGGACGAAGAGACCACCUGACCCGCCAUUUGAAGAAGAGCCAUGCGCAGGAGUCAGGGUUGAUGCCACCCUGUACACCCAGCACACCCGUUGCUACACCGACCCCUGCCCCCCAGUGCCCUGUGAAGGAGGAGCCUAGCCCUGUGGUCUCUGAUAUGGGCUCUGUCUCCAAAGAGCCCAUGGAGCCUUUCUCCAGGGACAUGUACAACUCAUACCCCAUGACCAAUGCUGUCCCUGGGAUGGGUCACCCUCAUGGCCUCAUGCAGGGGUCAUUGUCCUCGAGUAUGGGUGUGGCCCGCCACAUGCCCCCCCAAUCUUCUCACCAUCACCACCUGCAGCCUCCUGUGGCCUCGCAGCAGCAGCAGCCCUACAGCAACAUGGCCAGGUACCAGCACGGAUCUACCUCAUAUCCUCGUGCCGACGUGGACAGUUUCCUGCUGGACCUGCAGAGUGUGCCCCCACCUCACCUAAGUGCAGUCAACUCCUCUACCUCUACUUCUGCCUCCCCUCAGAGGGAGGUGCUUGGUGAAGGCGUGGGUGCUGCCAGCGACCCCCAUCUGCUGUCCAGGAGCCCGGCCAUCUCCUCCACCGAGCUGUCCUGCACCACUAACAUGGACCUUGGGCCACUGCUGAGCUUCCUGCCCUUCAGCCUGCCGCCCUACAGCCCUCACAUGGGGAUGGGGGGGUUAGUGAUGAGCUAUCCACCCGCUACCACCACCUCCCCUCCAUCCUCUUCCUCUGGGCUGUCCAGCCAGGCUCCAGGGCCGUUCACCUUCUUCCAGCCUUCACAGGCUCAUGUACCACAGGGCCCGGGAGCCCAUAACCACAGCCAGCUACCUCAGGCAUACAGCAGUCCUGCUAUGAGCACUUCUAGCUCCCUACCUCACUACUACCAGGCCUUUCAGCAAGUGAUGAAGAAGAAGGAGGCCUCUCUGCAUCAUGGCUGCUCCUGCGUGCUGCAGAGUGAUGAAGAAGGAGGCCUCUGCAUCAUGGCUGCUCCUGCGUGCUGCAGAGUGAUGAAGAAGAAGGAGGCCUCUCUGCAUCAUGGUCGUGCUGCAGAGUGA